CAGCCGCAGCAGCGAGCCACCGCCCGCAGGCCGCUCCCUCCGCCGCGGCCGACUGCCUUAAAGGCCCUGUGGCCGCGUCUGGCCGCCAGCUGCGGUGCACCGUUUGAGAGCUACUUCACCCUGGGGUUCUAACGACAUUGCAGUCGAUAUUCCGUCCCAGUUUUGACGUACGGCCUCCCGCCCCGGGAGCUCUUGGGAGCUCCUGGGGUACGCGGUAAUGCUGUAGAGGGGCAUAAACCCCGCUUCAUACCGUCCCUGUUUGCCUGCAAUAUCCUUUAGUGCCUCACGUUUCGCCCCAAAUAGGCUACAAGGAUGGGGAAGCUACUGGCGCUACUGGCUCCCUUCCUGUUGCCUUGUCCAGCCCUGCUCAGUCUGUCCAAAUGAAGAAAAAGCUCGUAGUUUCUGCUGCUUCCUAGAUGUGUGGUGUGUGCUAUCGGUGAAAGAACUGUCAUGAAGAAUCUUGGACAAGAAGUUACAGGAGUGUUCUUGAAGACAUUGAUUUCCACCAUGUUCUCACAGUGUUUGUGGGGUGUGUUAAAGACUGGAAAUCUUCGUCUCUGGAGUCUGAAUUUAAAUCUGCAUUUACAAAACCACAGAAGAGAUUUCAGCAAGUCACUGCCUGCAUAUCGAAGAAAAGUAGUUGUUACAGGUAUUGGCUUAGUGUCCCCCCUUGGUGUGGGGACUCAGUUUGUGUGGAAGCGGCUUCUCCAAGGAGACAGUGGCAUUGCAUCGCUAUAUGGGGAAGAAUAUGCAGGCAUCCCAUGUAAAGUGGCUGCUUGUGUGCCAAGAGGAAACAAGGAGGGUCAGUUCAAUGAAGAAAGCUUUGUGUCAAAGUCAGAAAUCAAAUCCAUGAGUUCUGCCACUGUGAUGGCCAUGGGUGCAGCAGAGCUAGCCAUGAAGGACUCCGGCUGGUCUCCCCAGUCUGAACUGGAUUGUUUGAAUGCUGGUGUGGCUAUUGGGAUGGGAAUGGUUCCAUUGGAAGAGAUUUCUGUUACAGCUACUUUAUUUAAAACAAAAGGUUAUAACAAAGUCAGCCCAUUCUUUGUCCCAAAGAUUUUAGUCAAUAUGGCAGCAGGCCAAAUCAGCAUUAAAUACCAACUGAAAGGGCCAAAUCAUGCUGUGUCAACUGCUUGCACCACAGGUGCACAUGCUGUUGGAGACUCCUUUAGAUUUAUUGCUACUGGUGAUGCUGAUGUCAUGUUGGCUGGAGGAACUGAGGCUUGUAUUAGUCCUUUGUCUUUGGCUGGAUUUGCAAGAGCUCGGGCCCUCAGCACAAGUUUUAACUCAAGCCCCAAAAUGGCAUGUAGACCAUUUGAUUCACAGAGAGAAGGGUUUGUAAUGGGAGAGGGCGCUGCUGUGCUGGUCUUGGAAGAGUAUGAACACGCUGUACGAAGAGGUGCUAGGAUCUAUGCAGAAGUUUUGGGUUAUGGACUAUCUGGCGAUGCUUGCCACAUAACAGCACCUAAUCCAGAAGGUGAUGGUGCAUUCAGGUGUAUGUCUGCAGCAAUAAAAGAUUCUGGGCUGAAACCUGAAGACAUAACAUACGUCAAUGCCCAUGCAACUUCUACGCCUCUAGGAGAUGCUGCUGAGAAUCAAGCCAUCAAGAGACUUUUUAAAGAUCACUCGUGUAACAUUGCAGUUUCCUCAACAAAGGGAGCAACAGGACAUCUCUUGGGGGCUGCAGGAGCUAUUGAAGCAGCUUUUACUGCACUGUCUUGUUACCAUGGAAUUUUGCCACCUACUCUAAACUUAGAGAAAACAGAGGCAGAGUUUGAUCUCAAUUAUGUUCCAUUAACAGCUCAGGAGUGGAAAACUGAAAAACGGCGUAUAGCACUCACAAACUCCUUUGGCUUUGGCGGAACUAAUGCAACGUUGUGCUUUGCAAGUGUUUGACUAAGGCCGUGCACGUUGUGAGAAAUGGCACUGACGGUGAUCUCUGCUGCCAUCCUUGAUGGGUGGCUUUCUCCCCAUUGAGUAUUGCUUGUUUGAUAGGCAAGACUCUGACUUCUACAUCAGUAAUUCUUUUAGGAAGAAGGUACUUUUUAACUCAUUAAAAAAAAAGUCUUGUUCUUUGCAUGAUAAGGAAGUUUUUUUCUCUUGAGAAGAAGAGAUACUGAUCAUUA